AUGAGCAAAACCACAGUUGAGGCUAAUAAUUCAGUUAUUGACCUUUCCCAGCCAAAAAAGCAUUUCCGACUCUCAGACGAGAAAUGCAUGAACUCAUAUAAAAACAAUAAAAAAAAAUUUUAAAUAAAACUAUAUUUAUUAAAAAAAUGUCAAUACCAGCUCAUAUACAACCAUUAGCUGCCAGCCUAUUGAUGAAAAUUGUGAGUCUCGGAAAUUGAAUAAUUUAUAUAAAUCGCAUUAUGCAGAAUUAAUGAUAAUGAAGCCCCAGGAAGCGGCUAAGCUGUUUAAAAAGAUCACGGAUGACAAAAUAAUCAGCUAUAAAGAACUCUAUAAAAGGGUAAACUCCUUGUUAAAAAAUUUUGAUAAUUCUUUAGAUGCAGUCAGCGUAAGAGAUGACUGCUCAAUACAGCCAAGUACAAUAAAAAUAAACAAGCCAGCACUUUCGCUUCUAUUUAGAAGAAGGACAAGUGGUGGGAAUACUGUUAUUAACUAA